UCCAAAGGCAUUAUGGGUAUUAUUCCGUCCGCCAUUUUGUAUUUCCUUGUUAUUUUGUCGUUCCAUUCUUUCGCCGUAUAUUUCAGUCUAUUUCCGUUGAUUUACUUAAAAGAAAUCACAACAGAAUCAUGGGGUGCGACGGAGGAACAAUUCCAACCCGUGAUGAGCUUGUACGUAUGAAGAAGGCCCCCGAAAAAGUCGAAAAAAACUAUGAGCUAAAUGCGAAAUGGUUUCACUGCGCAAUCAGUCAGGAACAGCUCCAUUCUCCCAUAGUUUCCUGUGAGCUUGGAAACUUGUACAACAAAGAGAAAUUACUUGAGUUUCUCCUUGAUCGUAGCUCUGCAACAUCAGAUGUGGCGAACCACAUCAGAAAUCUCAAGGAUACCAAACAACUCAACUUAACCGUGAAUCCAGCUUUUGAGCAGAAGACCAAAGAACAAGCCGGCGGAUAUCUCGACUUUCAAGCCAGUCAGUACAUUUGUCCCGUGGUUGGCAUUGAAAUGAAUGGCAGGUAUAAAUUUUGCUUUCUGUGGAAAUGUGGCUGUGUAUUUUCUGAACGCGCUUUGAAAGAAGUGAAGUCUGUUGUUUGUCACAAGUGUGGAAAGACUUUCUCCCAAGAGGACGUGGUUGUAAUUAACGGAAGCGAAGAUGAGGUCGAGAUCAUGAAAGAAAAAAUGAAUGCAAGAAGAUUAAAAGCCAAACAAGAAAAGAAAGCAAAGAAAGCACCUAAAUCAGCUGAAACAACAACAUCAGCUUCUCCAAGCGCAGGCCCUAGUAGUAGUGAUGCAGGGAAAAUUUCAUCUGAAACAGCAAAAAGAUCCAAGACAGAGCCAGAAAUUCCUUUCAAAAAACCUAAACUUGACUCCAAACCAGGAGUUAAUGGUGCGUCAAGUAGAAGUGUAUCAUCCAAAAAAGGCAAGAGCCCUAAAGUGAAUGUUACCAUACCAACAGAGCUGUCAAAAUAUAAGACUGUCGCAGAGGACCCAAAUGCAAGCAAGGUUUAUAAGUCUCUUUUUGCAUCAGGACAUGAAAAAAGACCUGAACAUUUGAAAUCAAACUGGGUGACCUAUCACUCAUAUGGUGGCUAUCAUAUCUAAUCAGAAACAGAAAUCUCAACACCCUAGGCAUAAGUUCUCCUUUUAAAAGUACAACACUGUAACAAAUUUCAAAAUAAGCCAUCUAUAAAUUAAACCUAUUGUAGAUAAUCCAAGACUGUUAUGCAAGCAAAAAGACUCUCAUAUUUAGCAGUAGCCCAGCUUCCAUAUUAUCGAGGGCUGUUUAGAAACUAGAAGCUUGGAGGUGUGUUAUCACUAAACAUUUUGUGUCCAUGAUAAAGUAAGUUUGUUUUAAGAAAUUCAAAGUGGAGCUGAAAUUAACAAUAGUUUUUUCCUAGCAGCAUAUCCAUCCAAUAAGGAUUUGUAAAUUUUUUAGUUAAGGGGCUCUAUGUCUUUUCAAAGCCCCCCCUGACCUAUAGUCUUAGGCCCUUUUUGCAACUUCACAAAGAUAAGGCUUAGCAAAGCUAUAUGUAAAUAAAGACUAAAUCCAUCAAGUAA